GGAAUGUAUUUAUAGUUAUUUCAAGAUAUAUUUAAGUUAUUUAGUUAGAUAUUACUUCUUACUCAUCUACUAGCAUAGUAUUAAUGUGUUCUUUACGUGUACUGUUAUUGCACCUUACGCCAACACACUCUCCAAACAGACGGGAUGCCAGCGGAUGAUUAUUUAUCCGUUGGAGGCGGCGCCCUCAGGCUCAAAGGCGGGAAAGUGCAGAAGACGAAGAAAAAGAAGAAGAGCAACGCACCGGACCUCAACCGCUCCCUUCCUGCGUGGGACGACUCGGCGCGCCAGGAUGUUGAAACCCCGCAGCAAAGCGACCACCGCAAGGACGAGAACGACGGGGAUAGAGACGAAGCCGAGUACAAGACGGAAGCUGAGCGACAGUAUGAGGAGGCUAAUAGGAAGAAGAUGUUGAAAGUAGUGCAAGACCCGAAACUAACGUCCGAGUUCCGCAAGACGCACAAGGAGAGGGUGGAGGGACUGAACACGUACCUCUCUAAGCUAAGCGAGCAUCACGACAUGCCUAAGAUUGGGCCGGGAUGAUUGAAUCUCUCCCUAUACUAGAAAACCGACUGUGCAGAAGAGAA